CUUCCCUGUCUACAACUGCUGUGGUAAGUUCGUUCCUUUUUCCUAUUAGAAGUGUUGAGGGAAAGUUUUUUGCACCUCACAUAUAGACACAUUUUUAGAACGGGUCGACAUACCCAUUGUUAGACCGGAGACCGUAGAAAUCCGGUGGGGGGAGAAUUAACUGGGGAAACAUGGCUUUUCAGGGACAAUACAGCGACAGUGUAGAUCAGGAGAUCAUGGAAAUUCAAGCCCUGCAAAUAAAAGACACUCUUCUUCGUUUAAACGAUAAAGGAUUCAACCUUAAAUGGAAGAACAAUGAAAUAAUAUCCUGGUUUUUGGCCGAGGGCAAAAAAUUGACGUCUAAAGCGAAAUAUAAAAAAAUCCCGACUGCCAUCAUCUACCUUCUUCGCAAAAAUGACCUAGAGACAAUAGCUGAAAACGAACGCGCGAUAACAAGCAUAAAAGAAAUUGAAAAGGCGCGCUCUGAAGAAUUGCAAAAGUUAAGAGCACAGGUCGAGGCAUUUACUUUCGAAAGACAAGGUUGGGCAAGACAGAGUGAGAUGAUGUCUAGAAAAAUCGAAGAACUUCAAAACAAACUCCAAAACGGCAACAAUUACAUAUCAGCUCUUGAAGACUGCUGUAAUAAUGCGGGCUUCCCAGUGGCUGCAGUUAAGCAAGCGGCACUGGAUGAAACCUUAGAUUAUGAUAGAAACAGCGAUAGUGAUGAUGAUGAUGUUGCCGCAUUAGAUUCUCAGAGAAACCGAGAUCCCGUUCAGAGACACAGAGAACAAAAUCAGCGAAGUCCGAUUAAAACCAGAGCAAAAUCCAGCGAAAAACCCUCCAAAUCAGUUAAAAUUGCUGUACUCAAAACCAUAACAAAUACAAAUGAUGAAAUAACCACGAUUAGCCGCCCAUUAACAUGCGAAGAGUGUACAACACACAAACAGAUCGUGGGAAUGAUGCCCAGAAGAGGGCCAUUCCAACCCUAUUGGGAAACACUGAUGCUACAAGCCACAGUGUAUAAAUUGGAAACUAGGGAUGUAUGGCAAAUCGCACUCUUAACCAUUCCUGAAGAGCUCCGAUCUAAAUUAACCCCUCAAAUGAAAUCUGGAGACAUAAUCAAGCGAAACAAUAACGAAACUGACGAAAGUAUCUUUGAACGAUUAAAACAGGCAUUGCUAGAUAUAAGGGGUCCAACGAGCGCGGAUUGGAGCAGGAUACUACAAAUUAAGCAGGAAAGCAAUGAACCGUUUGAAACAUUCGCUGAACGUCUGUGGACGACAUACAAAGAAUAUUCCGGUCUAGAAAAUGCAAGCCGUGAUCACGAACCAUUGUUACAACUCAUAAAGAACAAUGCUGGCACUCCAGUCCAAAAUGCUUUGUUAAACGGAGCAGAUUCAGCCGAAAACACAUUCAGAGCGAUUGUAGAUUGGGGUUCAAGGAUAGAAAACAGAUGGAAAUCAAAGCCCCACAGUAUUGCAUCUGCACAUUGGAUGACAGAAGGGAAUUAUUCUAAAAGCAGUGGGACUGAAAAGCAUGUCCACUUCUUGGAGGAGGUGACUUGCUGUGAUGAAUCUAGAACUUUUAGUUCAGAGGAAGCCUGUGCCACUGCUCAAGAUAGUGUGCCGAUUUCAGUUCUUAAGGAGAUGCAGCACCAUAAUAGCGCAGAGUCGUGGACCAGAGCGCAAGGUGUAAAGAAAGCAUUAGAGAUUCAUGAAAAUCCUCAAACUUCAGGAGAACACAGCAAACAAACCUGUGGCAAAGAUAGCAGGUUUUGUUCUUCCUGUCAGAAAAUAGGCCAUACAGAGGAAAAAUGCUGGUCACUGGGAAGGGGUAGACCUCCACCUUAUUUUCUGAAAAGUUGACCACUGCAAUUCUUUGGAGGACAGAUACCAGGAGGGUGUCUUGUCCCCUCUGCACCAAGCCAGGACAACAGAAUUGUUACAUAACCUGAAAUGCGGGAGAUGAAUGUGAAGACACUUGAAGGGGCCAUUCACACCUCACAGGAGAACAUCACCACACAAAUAUCUACAUGGCCUCCCGGAUUAGAACCGGAACUAAAUUUUUGCAACACAGAUUGCUAUAGAUUAGACUCCAUUCAUCUCCCAGACAUGACCAUAGAACACACAUUUCACCCAUUGCAUCAUCACCUCAUCUAGACUAUCCAGUCUGCACACUACAAUCAGAAGACAAUGAUGGCUUAGAUCACAAACAUGGUACUCCACUAAAGAUCUAUUGUCCAUCAUCACACUGACAGAACCAGAUAGCCUCACACACACAGGACAAUAGAAUUAAUUACAUUCCCAAAAUAUAUAAAAUAUCUACUAUCUGCAACUGUCUAAAAAACUAAUGGAACAACACUGUAACACAUUUGUACGACAAGUCACAGAUCGAUGGUGCAAAUUUUUUUAACACAGAGGCAGACAAGCCUUUACAAUUUAAAAUUUUGAAUCUUUUAGAUUGUCAUUAGGGUGGUUGACAAGCCAGAGGGCCCCUGGUUUCCCAACACAUCACUAAUGACAAUAAACAUUAUUAAAAUUAUAAAAUAUGAAGUGCCUGCACUUCAUCUCUAUCAGUCAAUUAUAAAAUUAAACACUUUACCAAACCAUCAACUGUGACUUAACCUUUAUAUCAGAUACCCAUUCUAACACACACACACACACACACACACAUAUGAACACACACACACAUACACACACACACACACACACACACACACACACACACACACACCUGUUACAAGGAAUUUAGGAUUUACAUUGUAGAAAAAUGUUUUAAUCGUAUUCUAAGUCACUUCUUAAAAACCUUCUAAAACAUCUUCUAAAGUGACUUGCAAUAGAAAAUUCCUGAAUUAACAGUGUGAUUAUUGUAUAUACCUUCAUAAUUGUGAUUGAAUGUUAUUAUUGUCAUUAUAUGACUUGUUUAUUGAUUGCAUACCUCUAAAUUAAUGCUCAAAUUAUACUGAACUCUUGCUGCAUUUCCUUUGAGUCAUUCAUACCAAAAUUUAUGUUUACAUAGGACCACUUUUAACAUCAGAUGUACCACUUGCACUGGCUGACAUGAAUUUAUCAGGUUUCUUUUUGGUUUAUUGCUCUUAUAUUAUCUUAUGAGUUUUCUUUCUUACUCCAUGGGUGAUGACAUUAAGCUGAUCAGAAUACAGUCAUUGGAUGGCCACUAAGAUGCUUUUCAGGUGUCCCACACAAAUCAGUGUGUAAGCAAGGAGAACACCUUCACCUACUGAAGUCUGCUUAAAAACUGCACCGCUGGAGGUGAGAGGAUUCACGAAGAUGGGUCAGACUACCGUCCUAGAAAAGGUGCCAUAAGGAGCAGAGGUUUCUCCACAAAGGAAUGACACGUAAACUGAACAAGUCGUAAAGGCUCAGAUUGACCCACUGAACUGUGCUCACAUACUGAGCUCAACCACAGGUAGAAACCCUGGAGACAUUCAUCCACCUGCCAAACUCAAGCGACACACACAUGCUGAGACUGAGUGUUCUGCAGAUGUUUACAGCCCUCAGAAGGUUUCUAAAGCUGCUUACAUCACAAAGACAAUUUUGAGAUAACAUCUCGAAGAUAAACAAUCAUCUAACAGUGACCCCAUUGGAUUCAUCUGAAUGUGACCCAUUGGGGGUCAAACGGAGGAACUGUAAGGACGAAAGAACCUGAGAUACUUUGAGCUCCUGAGAAACAGACAAUACAAACAUACACAGGCAUCUUCGAGACACCCCACAGAGUGGAGGAGCAGGAGCCCUCCUCCCCUUCUGGCCAUUUGUUUCAUUUUAAAUCCCUUCACCCAUUCUUCCUUCUACUCAGUCUGCUCAAAAUGAUUACAUGAAAAUGUCAAUGCAAGUGAACUAACACUCAUGUCUAGUAUCAUUGGAAAUGUCUCAGUGCAACUGGUACAAUGGUCUCACUCUCACAAAAGUAGAUUAGAAGAUAAUACAGAUCUGAAGAGUCAAGAGAUAUCUUGAUUACUGUGAUGGGAGUGUCCUUUCCUGGGGCCCUCCAUGUAAAUUACCCCCUGUUCCCAUUGAGUUGUAAAACCACCCAGGCUUGGGACCUGAGGUAAUGCAAAUUCCAAUUGUUAGUUUCUGUCUUCAUCUCGGGGGAUGUUUGUCUUGGUCUGAGGUAUUUAAAGGAUUGCAGCAAAAGGAUCAGGGCGAUUUCUGUAGCCAGAAAGCCCGUAGUGUGGUGUGUCUCUUCACUUCAUACUAUGUAUUUUCUAAGGUCAGGUAUGCAUAUUUUACUUUUAGAUUCAUCUUUGAGAAUUUGAUGUUUUAUAUUGAUUUGAUUUGAUGUGUUUCAAUUGGAUAUGUAAUUGGCAAAAUACAUAUCUACCUGACUGUAAAUA